CUGCUCCGGCCGUGAUGUACGAGGGAAUUUAAUUUGGUGUGUGAGUAGCAUGCAAGGAUGGAGAAGAUUUAUGGAGGAUAGCCAUAGCAUUGAAUUAAUGGAGGAAGCAGCACCGGGAAUUUAUGCAGUUUUUGAUGGCCACGGCGGUAGAGAAGUUGCACUGUUUUGCAGUAACUACUUUGUGAGAGAGUUAAAAUCUCUUCCAUCUUUUAAAGAAGGGAACUACCAAGAAGCUAUACGUCAAACUUUUCAUAAAAUAGACCAAUUGUUAACUGAUGAGAAUUAUAUUGAAGAACUUGAAGCUCUUCGCCAUCCAGAAGAAAUUAAAACUGAAAGUGAAGAAUUGCAUUCAGAUAGCCAUGCUGUAAAAAAAUUAUUCUCAAUAGCCAAGCAAUUUUCCAAUUUUUCAAAAAAUAAUGAAGUUGAGCAACUUGAAAACCAAAUCCGUUCUCCUCAAAGCACAGUAGAAACUCUGGAGCCACAAACAGCAUCUGAACUGCUGGAGAAUGGCAUAAUUUUGGAUAAAAAUGAAAAUUUAAAACGAUUUUAUACGCCUGAAGGCCCCCAUCCGAGUAACGCGAACACUUUAGAUUUAGCUGCUGAAGAAUCAACGCACACAGAAAAGUUUAGUUGCGUUGAUAAUGAAAAGGUCUGCAAUCUGCCCGAACACCGCGUGAAGGCCGGAUGUACUGCUGUUGUAGCUCUCGUUGAUGAUAACCACGUGACUGUAGGAUGGGCAGGUGACUCUCGAGCAGUCAUUUGCAAAAAUGGCGUGGCUUUUGCACUGACACGUGACCACAAACCAGACCAUUUGGAGGAACGCGCUAGAAUCCAAAAAGCGGGCGGUUUCGUAGAAAAUAUAUGCGGUCAAUACCGGGCCAAUGGCAACUUGAAUCUCUCCCGCGCCAUUGGCGACCUGAAAUACAAACAAAACAAAAGCCUCGGAUUGGCUGAGCAGAUUAUCACGGCGGAACCAGAACUUUCAGUGGUCCGUCGGGAGCGGGAUCACGAGUUUCUAAUAAUCGCGUGUGACGGUGUUUGGGAUGUGCUGUCCAAUCAGGAAGCCUGCGACUUUGUUCGAUCGCGGCUUCAAGGUAACCAGACGCCUACAGUCGAGAAAAUUGUCGAAGAGUUAUUGGACAGAUGCGUGUCCAGCAGCCCGACCCUGUCUAAAGGCGUCGGUUGCGAUAAUAUGACGUGUGUUAUUCUUUUCUUUAAAAAAUAACCGCGUGAUUAAGUUGCUGGUAGACAUUCAGAUGGACAUUCAAUUAGUUGAAAACAAA